UUUCUUUUCGCUCAGUGAGUCGCAUAAAUUCUAUUGUGAUGCUAAACUGAUUUUCGGAAGAGAGAUAGAAAGAGAGAGACAGACAGACAGACAGACAGAGCAUAGAGAGAGAGAGAGAGGUUCGUAUUUUGAGCAUCUUGAAAUUGUAUGACUUUUUCCUCUCAGUAAACUUUUUAACCUUCUAUCCAGACUCUAACUGAUAGUUUCGGGGUGUUGCUGAGUAUAUUUGCCAGAGAAUCAGCUCUCUGCGCUUCAGGAAUGCACUUUGCAGGAAACGCAGAUCGGUGCUCCAGCACCUCUUUCUUUCCUUUUUCUUAUCGAGGAGUUAUAACUGAAUGAAGGAAAUGCGCUUGUGAAGGAGAAAUCGUUUUCUGCAGUCCGGUUUCCCCUUCCUCAGUUCGCCUGGGCCGCAGCCGGGCUGAGGACCGAGGAGCCCGGAUUGAGCGCUCCCCGGCUGGGACAUGGAGAACGGUGUCCAGGCGGGGCUCCAACAGGCGGCGGGCGGAGGUGGAAGCGGCGGCUGGGUGCUGGUGGAGGCCCGGCUGCAGGGAGGAGCACCGUGGGGCUUCACCCUGCAGGGCGGCCUGGAGCACGGAGAACCGCUCAUCAUCUCCAAGGUAGAGGAGGGUGGUAAGGCGGACAAUUUGGAGCAGCCUCUGAUGGUGGGUGAUAAGAUUAUCAUCAUCAACGACGUGGAGCUGACUGGAUACAGACAGGAGGCCAUCGCUCUGGUCAAAGGAUCGUACAAGACUCUGCAGCUCACCGUCCGCAGGGAGUUUGAACCAGGACAUGUCAAGGAAUUUGGUACUUCAUGUCCAACCCUCGAAGAUCUUCCUCCUCCUUCUUCUCCUCCUCUUUCAUCUCUAUUGCUUCUGCCACAACCACCACCAACGCAACCACCACAACAACAACAACAAACACAAUGGUCAUCCCACCCCAGCAGACCAUGUUUAGCAGGAGGAGUCCAACUACGCAUCAAGAACAGACGUAGGGAACCAGCAUCUCGUCCUCACUCAUGGCAUUCAACAAAGCUCAGUGAAGGUCAGCAGCAGUCGGAUCAGAGAGGGAUGGACAAGAUGAGCAGCGCCUGGCACCAAAACUACCACACGAGUGCCUCGACCACUGACCUGUCUGGCGGGUUUGACUCUGGCGGCAGCUACAUGAGAAAGAGUCCGGACCAGUACAGCUCUAGGGGCAGCAUGGAGAGCCUGGACCAUCCUCUCUCCUCCCAUCUUCACUCUGGAGCUAAGCACCCCCACGCCCACAGCGGACCACACCCCGCCUACUCUUCCUGCCACCAGUUGUCCUCUUCCAGGUCCUCCAACAGCAUUGACCACCUCCACAGCAAGCGAGACUCUGCCUACUCCUCCUUCUCCACCAGCUCAAGCAUCCCAGAGUACCUCGCCUCCACCCCUUCUUUCAGUCCAGAGCGUUCAUUUUCACUGGAGUCCGUCCCUCAGAGAAGAGGAGAGAUUAAGCAGGCUGACAUAUGUUAUGUCCAGACGGUUUACGAUGCCCAGCAGGGCCUGUCUCAAGAGCACGAGCUGAGCUCCCCCUCUGUUGCGAUGAUGCGGACCAGUAAUUCCAGAGGUGGGGCAAGGCCAGGGCUAAACCAAGAUCGGCAAGAUUCAGUAGGUGGGGUCUGUCACCAUUACAGCAGCAGUGUCAGCAGCAGUAGCGGCAGCAGCAGUGAUUGUGUACUGGCAUCAAACAGACACAGUGUGGGACCAAUAUGGGGCCCAGCAGCCAGCCACAGCUCCUACGAAAGCCUUAAGGGGGCACCGGCUCCACCGAGACGCAGUGACAGCUAUGCAGCCAUCAGGAACCAUGAAAGACCAAAUUCCUGGUCCAGUCUUGAACACGCCCGGUCCCUACGGUCUCUGCAGAAAGGUUCCUGGCAUCACUCCAGUGGCCCAGUGACCUCAGGUGCAGCUAAAGGCUCCUACGGCGCUGAGGGUCUGCUCCACACAGUGAUAGAGAAGAGUCCAGAGAGCAGCCCCACCACAAAGCCCCGCCAGGGUGGAGGCUUUCCCCAGCCUCCUUCCCUUACUGGACCCUCCUCUGAACCUGCAGACCCUAUCUCCCAAUCUGGCUGGUUCAUUCUGCCCACCGGCAUGUACCCUGUCCCCCAGCUUGAGCCACACUACGCACAGAUGCCCAGCGCCAGCCAAAGGCCAGGCUCCUCGGCAGACUACGACACACUGGCCAAGGAUAGCAGCGGACAGCCGCAGUUGCUGCAGGGUGUCAGAGGUAGAAAGGAAGGAGCAACAGAGAAGCAGAGGGAUUUCAGGAUGUCAGCUACAGAAAACGGAUACCAAAACAACACUACUUCUUCACUAUACCCCUACUCCUCUUCUACAACAUCUGCCUCUACACAGCUUAGGACUCCAGCACACGAGGCAGACAGGCCUCAACAAGAAGAGGUUAAGUCCGACCAGACAAGGGACCAGAGGCCCCUAAACUACCAGGGACCUCACGUUCAAAGCUUCCAAGGGUCCCAUCUUCAUGCAAGCCAGAGACCCCACAGCCAAGUGUUCCAGGAACAGAACCAGGAUUUCCACAUUCCCCACGCCCAAUCAACUGCUGGGCUCAGACCUCCAUCCUCACAAGAGUGGGGGGACACCUGCAUACCUGACCAGUCCAAGGGAGACAGAAACAGAUCAAUGGAUCAGGCCAGCAUUCAUUCAGAGCCAGUGGCAUCCACCAGGCUCACCCAGGGAGAAUUGCCUCUUACCCACUUACCUGUUCACCCUCAGCCUCAGGAUCUACCCCCCUAUGCCUCCCAGCAUCACCCCCGUCACCUCAGUGACUCAGCAGUUCUGCAUUACCAGCACUGGGACCACAAACAGCAGGACAAAGACAGGGAACACCCACUGACCCGUCUGGAGAUCGCUCUUGCCGAAGUCCAGCGAUGCGCCAGCCCCAACAGUGUCUCCGCAAGUAGCCAUGGCAACAGUAGUCUUGGUAAUGACAGCCAGGGACCUGUCCGCAGCCUCUCUGUCCUGGAGAAAGUUAGUCGCUUUGAGCGCCAGGAAUGCACCGGAAAGCAGGGCAGUCACAGCACCACCACCGUACAAGACAAGGCCACGCAUCUAAGGAUGUUUGAUAAAGGCUUCAGCACCCCAUGUGGAGCAGAUGACCUCAGAAACAUGCUUGAGAGAAGCACCAGCAGGGUCAAAGCCCACAGGACUCUUAGCUACAGAGGAGGCAGUAGCGAACAUACAAAAUACAGGGCCCCAGCAGAUCCCAGUUCAGCCCUCCAGAGGAGCCGCAGCAGCUUCCAGCUGGACGAAUCCAGGGAGGGUGACAGCAGCAAAGACUUCCCCCGGACACAGGACAUCCAAGAGAUGAUGGGCUAUAUGCAGGACACGUCCUCCAACAGAUCUUAUAGGGACUCUUUAAAAGAUGCCCAGUCUAAGGUCCUGCAAUCCACCUCCUUCAGACGGAGAGACCUCAGCUCCUCGAGCAGCCCCCCAUCUCCUGCAGCUACUCCUCUCAUCUACUCAUCCAGCAGCAAUCAGCCUCCACCUGUCCUUGCCAAGCACCACUCCCUGGAGAGAAAAGGCCCAAAAACCAUGCCCAAACCACAGGGCAUUGUCAUUACUCCACAGUCGCAACCACCGCUCACUUCCCUUCACACCCCAAAGGAGCAGCAUGUGGUCAACCCAGAGACUCGAGGCCCAAGCCCCCCAGCCCUUCCCAGCCUCCCACCGGUUGGACCUCCUGCUGUGAUGCGGAUCUGUGGCCGCAAGCGGCUGACAGUGGACCAGAAGAAGCAAUCAUACUCUGAGCCAGAGAACAUGAACAAGGUUGGGAUUUCAGAUGCAGAGACAGACGCCCUUUUCAAGCGUGGAGGAGAGACCAGCGUGGCAGAUCGGCGGAAGAUGUUUGAGCUUGUAGCAAGUCGUGUCCCGGGCGCGGCUUUGCAAAAUGCCACAUCGAGGUCCGACCUGCGGCAGCUUCAGCACAACGCUUUGGCUGAUUACGUGGAGAGAAGGAGAAGUGUGAAAAGAGACAAGGGAGGACAGAGGAGUGGACUGAGGCCCCGUAGUGCCUAUCUACAUCCUGAAAACAGCAACUAUAUAGACUCCUCCUGUCACUCUGACACCCUAAGCCUCUCCUCCAUCUCCAGCCUGCUUUCACUCCAGGACUCUGGCGCAGAUCGAAGCUUCUCCUUCGGAGAGAGGCGUCUCUGCUCCACCCUUCCUCCUGAAGCUGACCUACGGAGCUUCCAGUCCAACCUUUUCUACCCGGGCAGGGUGACUAUUCCAAGGGCUCCGGUGCAACCACCUCUUAGUCCUCCUUCUGGUUCCCUUCCUGAGCCACAGGCCCAGAUUCUUGAGGAUAUCAUCCCUGGCAAAGGGAUCAGCAGACAGAGUCAGUCCACCAGCGGAGACAUGGACCUGGACCUGCAAUCGCUUGCCACAGAGCCUCAACUUAACAGAAGACUGUCCAAGCAGCUCAAUGGGGUUCUGCAGAGGGCCGGGUCAGCUCGGGACUCCAGGAAGACGGCUUCUGCUGAUAAUCUCCUGGAGAAAUCUGAGAAGACACAAAUGUCUCCUGAACACUACCGCUGCCGCUCCUCCCCUACAGAAGAAAGACUGAACCAGGACUCCCCUCCAGGUGAUGUCGGGAUGUUCUGGGUCCAUAUCUCUGAACCUGAACAUUGCUUUCUGGCUGAGGACAGACCUGCAAAAGUCCAGCUAUCAGACGGCCUCAUCUCUCCUCAACACUCCCAAAAUAGCCAGAACACCGUCCAGUCUGCAGGACCUUUGCAAGACCCGAGCUCCUCCCACUCUAUUGUCACUCGCAGGGAGCGACGGAGGAACAGCGAGCGCCACCGAGUCCCCAGCACCUCCACCUUGGCAGCCUCUGUUGGCCUGCCCUGCCCUUUAUCACCAACUGGGACUCAGAACCAAGGAAGCACUGAAUGGAGCAAGAGGCUCAGCCAGGCCAACCUAGAUGCCAUCACCUUCCCAGGCAUCCCACAACCCAGCACAUGUGACGGUGAUGGCGAUACCACUGCUGGCUGCAAUGAAACCCCGGUGACAGACAGACAGACAAGACAUAGUUUGAGUGACACCAGCAUAAUAGAAGACACUGCAGAGGACACAAAUGGAAGGAGAGCCUUCAGCUUAGAGAUGAGUGGAGGGUGUUCUGCCGAAAAAGCCAAACCAAUUUGCCUGGCCUAUUUCCAGCUUACUUCCCCACCUGAAAGGAAGGACAGUGGUAGCAUUGUGUCGUCUCCUCCCCCAUCGUCCCAUCCGCCCAUUUCCCAGCACCUGUCCUCUCUGCGAAUAUCUGAAUCCAGUCUCUCCAGCUCCAUUGACCAGCAGCAACCACUAGAAUCCUCCAUAGGCCUAUUACAGGAGGACUUUGACGAGGUCUUCCUCCAAAAUCCUGCCUCUCUGUCACCUCCUACACUAAUCAAAGAGAGAAGCAUCUUGGAGGACUUCCCUACACCUCCUCCUCCCUUCCUCGAUUUGGAGCAGGAAGCUGGACACCAGAUUGUGGAAAGUCCUAGCAUGGAUUUCUUAAACAACCCCGUCAUUUCAGCCAGAAAGUCAUCCCUUCAUUCCCCUCCAAUGUCCCCUUCCUCCUCCAUCUUUCCUUCGCCUAUGUCCAUCCCCCUUCCUUCCCUGGAGCCACAGCCCUCCACAAUCACCUCCAUCACCACAUCCACCUCAACCAAGGACAGCCUAGGUCUUGAGUACCAGCCACUACCCAAGAGGGAAAAAACAUCUGAGGAGCUGAGAGUGGAAGUGCUGGCCCGGCAGCUGGUGUUGCAGGAUCGCUCGUUGGCUCCCCUCCUGGACACGUGGGGAAGUAAAUCCACUGUAGAGCUUAUGGAGGACAUUUUUCCAAACAUUAGAUUGGUUGGUAAAUCACCGUGGCAACGAAGGGGCAGUAGCAGAUUGGAGGAAAGAUUCCAAGAUGGCGUCUGUGAUACCGCUCAGAGCACGGUGACAAAUCAAGCAAAGGAGACUGAUCUGGAUGAGGAUGGGAAAGACCUUAACACAAUAAAGGUGGAAAUGUGUGAAGCUCUUAAGCGCAGUGUGGCUGCUCUGCGGCAGGAGAAAGAGCUGCUGUGUGAGGAGGAGAGAUGUCACCAGGCGUUGGGGGCAAGCAUUCAAACACUGGUGCUGGAACGUCUCAAAACCAACGAGAGGGAUAAGUACAGCAUAUUCAUUGGAGAUCUGGAGAAGAUUGUAAACCUGCUGCUGUCUCUGUGCAGCCGGCUGUCAAGGAUCAACAGAUCUCUGCACACUCUGGAAAGAGGAGAGCAGCUGACGCAGGAAAACACGGCAGAUGAGAAGGAAUCCCUCUAUCACAAACGCUCUCUGCUCCUCAGUCAAACCGAAGAUGCCUGGGAGCUGAAGGAGAACUUGGACCGGCGGCAGCACGUGGUCCAUGCCAUUCUGUCUGGCUACCUCACAGAAUUGCAGCUCCAGGACUACCGCCGCUUUGUCAGCACUAAACCCUCCCUUCUGAUUCGCCAGCGGCACCUUGACGACCUCAUACGGCAGGGGGAGGAGCAGCUGACGCGAUUGGCCGAGAGCCUGCCGCAGGAGCAGGCGGAGGCUCACAGUUGGGCUAGAGGGAAUUUAUUCUCAUCAUCGAGCCUGGUCAACUGCUCUUCUCCUUUUCCACCCUCUGAUAUUCCAGGCCCCGCCCAGUUAGUUAGGUCCACCACUGUGACAUCACUGUAAUGUCACGGACAGAUCACUAUUAUCAGUGGCGGUGAAGAAUGGAGAAAGAAGAAGAGACAAUUUGCUCCCUAAAAACUCACUUUGAGCUUGAGUGAUGCUCUAAAUUGGAGGAGCUUUACACAAAGGAAUAUUGGGCCUGUUCACACUGAAACAACUAUGUAGAUUUCACAUAUGAAGAAGAAAAGCCUUUAAUGUGCCUCCUUCUAUCCACAAUCAACUAUACAUUACACCUCUGUUCACCUAAACAUCAGCAAUCAGCACUGUUUGGACUAAACCGACUGCUGCCAACAUUUCUAAUGAUCCUCUAUUCUGAAAGGUGAUUUCUAAGGGCCAUAAGGUGUUUUUAGGUUGGAAUUUUAUUGUCAAAUACCUAAAAGGACAAUUCCAUUGUUAUGGGUAAUUCCCUGCAGUUUUCCAGCUCUUAUGUUAAAAACACUUGAUGUGUUUGCUUUCGAUAUCUAAAUAUCUUUUCUCAGUAACAAUGAGAGCGAUUUAAAUAAAUAUAAAUGUAAAGUUAAGCCUCAAUUUUUCCAGAUUCCAGAUUAGAAAGCCCGAUGACCUCAAUUUCCUCAGUAGUAGUUUUGGCCCUGCAUCACCAAUAACAUGAGAACUUUUCAGCUGUAAAAGGGGUUUUUACUGAUCGGAACCCUGGUUCAGACAGGUUAGACAACAGUCUGAAUUAAAAGUAAAAAGGUUAAAAAUGAAUUUUAAAAGUUGGUGAAAAGUCAGAACACUCUGGUAUUGUCCUUUGAUAACCCUGAUGAUGCUUUCAGGAACCUCAAAGGACUUUCCUCCAUGGACUCUAUUUCUACUGAGUAGAUGAAGUGAGCAGGUGUUUUAUCUCCAAAACACAAAAUACCAUCAUUUUUAGAAUAAUAAUAUUGUCUUGUCAAACAUUUCAGAAAUUGUCUGAAGACCCAGGACAGCUUUCACACAUGUGCAUUCAAAUUAGAAAAAUAAACGGUAACACCUUACUUGAAGUUUUCUACGUAAGAGUGAUGACACAUGAACCCUAACCAUAACCACAACCAUAACCCUAACCAUAACCUAUCAUGACAAACAGGAAUGACACUUACUAAAAGAAGCAUUAUGUCAUAAACCUUUGUGACUUGUUUAUGUUAUUGACAAACCCAUGACAGUGUCAUGUCACUCUUAUGUAGAUACUUUCAAGUAAGGUGUAACCAAUUAAACUAACACCAAACUUGGAGGGACGCUGAUUUUAUUUUACCACUACAAAAAUAAUGAAAACUCUCAGAAACUGAGUGCACAGAUCCUAGACGGUAACUGUUCUGAUUACCGCUACAUAUGACUUUAACACUACUACUAUCACUACUGUCUGUAUGUCUGGAGCUUGUUGCACUUUUUACUGUAGCAGCUUGACUACUGUUUGCUUCAGAAUGUACACUGAAUGAUUAACAUUGUUCUACUGGUGCUGUUUUGAAAGUUGAUGUGAUGUGAUGGAAAAUGGAGAAGGUUAGGUUCCAAAGAUUUUCACAGGAUGCAUUGUUUGCACUCAUCAACUUGAUUUAAUUUUUUAUUUGAGGUUUUGUUUGGGCCAAAAAAAUCAAUUCUUUUUUCUUCCCUUUCUUCAACGUUUUAACAUUUUACAACAACUACCAUCACCCUAACUUCCGAAUAAUCUCUCAGUCAGUGACCAAUGUCAAGAACAACAAAUGUCACAAUUUACUAUACCAAAAUAUAUUUAAUGUGUAAAGAAAUAGAAAAGAAGCAACAAUUAAAACAUUAUCAACAUUGUCAUUAUGGUUUAAGGUACAGGAGGUAUCUUACUGUUUGUAAACCUAUAGCUCUCAAAGUUGGCCCUUCCAACUUUUUUUCAACGGACCAGAGAAAGACAGAGAGUGUUGUGAGUUAGAGAGUGAACAUUAGCUGUUAAUAAUAAUGGACAAAGCAUCCGGUUUGGUUUGGUGCUGAAAAUGUGGAAGUGCCUUAAACCUGCAUUCUAUCUGAUCUCCAGCAGGGGGAGACUCCUUAAACCUCCAUUCUAUCUGAUCUCCAGCAGGGGGAGACUCCUUAAACCUGCAUUCUAUCUGAGUUCCAGCAGGGGGAGACCCUGCAGGGGGUGACACGUGCGGAUGCAAAAGCAAAGCCGUGAGUCAAGAGGAAUAAAACGUUCUAAGUGUUCAAACAAUUACCUCAUUAUGACAUUGUCAGGGUUAUAGACUUCUCCUACAGAGCCACAGUAGACUGCUGCCACAGGCUGAGUAGAAUGCCCAUCACAAAACUAAUCUUCUUAAUGUUUAAAACUGGUUGAUUGCCCCUUUGAAUUGUAAGUUAAGGGUCUAUACUCCUCAUGGUUUAAUAAUCAGAAACUAUUUUUUUAUGGUCAUCAAUUUGUGUGCAGUUGGUAAAGUUCAUAUGAAAAAGAAAAAGGUGCAACGUCAAGACAAUGCAAACAAUAAAAUAGUAAUAAUUAAAAAGAAAGUGCACCACCUUAUUUUCUCUAACUUUUUAAGUCACAAUCAUAAAAAUAUCACUU